AUCCUGGAGACUACGAGAGAGAGAGAGAGAGCAUCUCCAAGAAAACACCAGAUACAAAGGAGAAAGAUCAACCUCGAACCCCCCUUCUCUCCUUCUCGCUCAACCCAUCUCACCUUCUCUCUCCCACUUUUCCGUUCCUUCCUGAUUCCCUUGUCUUCAAUUCCAAUCAAUCAUCAGCGCGCUUUUGAUCAAUAGCAGUAGUCGUGGUAAUAGAAAGCGAAGAGGAGAGAUCGUGUCUACUUCUACGAAAUUUUCCACAAUCCAUCCUCUUUUUGUUAACAGGAGAGAUGAGGGAAGAGGAAGAGAGUUCGAACUGGUUCGCGCGCUGGGAGGAGCAGCUGCCUUCGCCGGAGGAGCUCAUGCCGCUGUCGCAGACCCUCAUCACCCCCGAUCUCGCCAUCGCUUUCGAUAUCCCGGUCACCGCCGCUGCAGCCCCUGCCGGCGCCAACCAGAACCCUGGCCUCUCCCUCCACCACCCUCCCGCCUCCUCCCGCCCCCCGCCGCACUCCGAUCCUGAGUCCUCCGACCUCAACUCCGCCGCCGCCGGGGGCGACGAGCCGGCGCGGACCCUCAAGCGGCCCCGCCUCGUGUGGACGCCGCAGCUCCACAAGCGCUUCGUGGAUGCCGUCGCCCACCUCGGCAUCAAGAACGCCGUCCCCAAGACCAUAAUGCAGCUGAUGAGCGUCGAUGGACUCACCCGCGAGAACGUCGCCAGCCACCUCCAGAAGUACCGCCUCUACCUCAAGCGCAUGCAGGGCCUCAGCGGCUCCGGCGGUGGAGUCGGCGGGGGGCCAAUCUCCGCCGCCGACGCCGCCACAGACCAGCUCUUCGCGAGCACCCCGGUGCCCCACCAUUUCCUCAGCCGCGGGUCCGUCGCAGGCCCCGAGCCCUUCCUUCCGUAUAUGCCGGUGGCCGCUCUGCAGCACCAUCAGCAGAUCACGGCCGCCAUGCAGCAGCAGCAGUACUACCAUCAGCGGCAUUUGGGGCAUUACGGAUCACCAACAGGCGGGGGAGGGUUCGACCACGCCUUCCCGAAUCGGGCCGUCCCCCAUUCGGGGAUGCAUCAGAUGGUAGGACCGGCGGCGCCGCCGGGCAUGGGUUUUCCGCCCACAACCUUAGUGGAUGAUUUGGAGCCUGCCAAAAGGGGAGGCAAUGGUGAGAGGAAGGUACUAACGCUUUUCCCUACUGGUGAGGAGUGAUAUGGCGCUUCUCUCACUCCAUGUUUACUCUACUUAUCAUCUGCAGUGGGUGAAGAUUGUUAGGGCUUCGUUUAGGCUUAUUUUAGAUGUUCUUCUAUUUCCAUUGCCACUGUCAGUGUGUCAUCCUCAUAUAUCCUUGCUAGGUCUGAGUAGUUAUGCUUGGAGCAGAGGAAGCUAGGAGAAUGAUGAUAUGGUCCUUAUCACAUUUGAAUCAGGGUCAAUUUAGUAUCCAGGGUUCUUAAUUAGUCUUCUCUUAGUGUAUAUUUUCUCUUAAUAUCACUUUAGUAAGCGAUGAUGUUUGUUUCUACAACUUCUGAUUUCGAAUAGAUUGUGGGGAAUUACUGAUGGAUCAUAGCUUUAUAUUCCGGACAAUUAGAAGGAGCUGGGUUGAUGCCUCAAAGAUAUUUGGAUGGGAGGAGGAAUGAGUUAGGAUAUGAAUAAUCCAUGGAUUCUCUUAUUGCUUGUGUGCUCGGAUUCAUAAUCCUCUGCUUCUGUAACGGGGAGCUUAUUGGUAAGAGAUUUAUAGACUCGUCAGUCAUACUUUCUUAUUUUCCCUCUCUACUAUGAGUCUGUAGGCGAAUCUGAACCUAUUUAGAGAGACUUCAAUGAGCAUGGUACCCUUUGGUUAGUUGUCGAUGUAAAUUACAUGACCCAAAAAUUCUUAUAUGCAGCCACCACUUACGUUAAGAAUCUUUCUUAACACUGUUGGUUGUAAUCUGAAUAUUCGAAAUAUGUUAUUGUACAAUGAAAAUCCAAUUGCAUGUAGAAUUUUUCUGAAUUUACCAGCCAAUCUUUGAUCCUGUAGAAGUAUGCCUCUUUGUGAUGAUCUCCAUUUUUGCUUCCAUAAGUUGUCUGGCUUGAAUUUAUAAAAGAAGUCUUAUGUUUCAGUAACAUUGAUGCUCUGAUUCCAUUUAUGUUGGAGAAACAUAUAUGUGGUGACUUCUCAUUCAAUUCUUUCCUAGAAAUUUUGCUCAUCAUGGUUUUUGAUAGCUUUCUGUUCUGCAUUAUGGAAGGAAGAUGGUAGGGUUACUGAUUGUGAGUAAACACUGACUAUUAUGAUUGUUGGGUAGAUCAAUUGACAAUUCUACUCCUGUAUAUAAGAGAACUGUGACUGGUAUUACUCCUAGUCCAGAAUGGUAAUGAAGACACCAGUCUAGAAAAUAAUUGUACUAAAUGAGCCUAGUGUGAAAACAUGAUAACGGAUGAGAAUCUUGAGAUCUCACCGAUUUUAUAUAUGUUCGAAUUGAAUCUGACCCUACAGAAUAUGAUCUAUCUCUUUGCUAUUGACUAUUGACCACCAUUUAUCUAUGUUCAGAUUUGAGGGAGGGGUUCAUGUCAUGCUGCAUCAUGAAACAAGCUUAAAAUGGUCAGGAAAUUACAGAGAUUGCAUGCUUGUCUUAUUGGUGCAUGAAUUAUGUAUAUCCUCUUAUGCUUAACAACUCAAGAUUAUAAAAGCCCAUUAUUUUACAUGUAUGGAGACAAAACUAUAUUGUGAAGCUUGAUAUGGAUGUUUUGUCAUUCAUGGAGUCAUGGAACCUCUAUUGAAUCUCUUGUAUCAUUCAUGUAAUCCGAGCAACAUGGGAACUAGACCAUCUCUAAGGGCAAGGAUUGGGAACAAAUUGUUGGGAGUUCAUGCUAAAUCAUGUGAAGAGAAUAAAAGUUAAGUUAUUGGUAUUAAAUAGUGGGGCAAGCAUCUAAAACGGAAGCUCUUGAUCUUACAUGUAAAGUCAUUUUUGGUGCUCCAUUUUGGUUGCUCUUCAGAGAGCUACAAACGAGAUUACUCUUUAAAGGAAAAAUGAGUCAAUUAAUGGAUAUUAGCUACAUUUUAUGCAACAGUUAUUUAGCAAAAACAAUGUUGGAAAUUACCAAGAUGGUGAACAUCAAUUUCUAAGAGAGGUGUUGUAUACGAGGGUGAAUACGCAACACCCUAGUAUAGUAAUAUAUUGAAAGUUGGAUUGAUUUAUAAGGAUUUGAUGUGUGAACUACUACUGUUAAUUUUAGCUUAAGCAUCUUUGACUUGUGGUUCAGGCAUAAUAAAAAUAGACCAGUUAUCCCAUUAGGUCGUUAUCAUAACUGACCUAGUAUUGACGUAUGAUAAGGGGCAUGAAUAGGAAAAGAUUGUCUGUGAACGAGGUCAGAGGACACGUCACGAUGUGGAGCCGCCAUCGGGCCAUGCCUCACAUGCAUCAUAUUACGAUUUGAUUUGGACUAUACUAGGACUUGAUGAGGACAUCAAGCCCUUAAGUGAGGAGAUUAUAAAAUCCCAAUUUAGUCCUACAUUGAAAGUGAGUUAAGGCUACGAUUGAAUUAUGAGACUCUAAUAGGUGUACUAUUGUAAAUUUCAAUUUAUACAUUUUAGACUAGUAGUUAGGGCUCAACGAAGUUAAGAUAUCCCAUUAUGUCGGAUCGUGACUGAAUCUGUCAUGAAAGCAUUAUAUUUUCAUUUGUAUUGAUAGAAAAAGAAAGUGGCCGGUUAAAGAUAUGCCAAUCAAUUUAGAGCAUCCAAUGAAGCAAUUGCUAUGAGUAUCAAUUGUCUUUAGAGAAGUCCUGCAACAAAAGUUUGUAAUAAGACAUUAGGAUGGCAGUUGCUUGGUGGGAAAUAUGAUAAUAAUUUUCCUUGUGAAAUUGUUAGUUUUGCUUAUGAAAGAUGUAGUGGUCACGGUUCUAUAAUUGUUAAUAGGGCAGGUUUGGUUGCCUUCAAAAGAAAAUGCCCACUCAUUUUAGCCAUAUUCCUUCUAUUCUGUCCGUCCAGUUACUUUAAAUGAUAAUUGUUAGAUCUCAACUGAAUUCACACCAAAAUUGAAGUGGAUCAAAACUCAGAAUUGUCUUCGAGCCUCCUGUCUUUUCUGCAUCAGAAUUAGUGGUGCGUUUGAACCAUAGUUCUUUGAGUGACAAGCAAGUCCAGGAUAUUUUUGUUCAGUGGGGAAAAAAUAUCGUGGUUUAAAACUAAUUUUUUCUGGAGUGAAGAAUCAUCUCAGCCUUUCUUUAACACCUUAGAUCUGGGCAAGUAUUUAUGAAUUGAAAGUCCCAACUAAAGAUAGUCAUAGAAUAGAAACAUGGUAUCCAUGGCAUUGGAUUUUGAAAGCUUGCUGAAAUGUUACUAAAAGUUGUCUUUUCAUCUAUAUGGUGUCCAUCUGGUUUUACUUGGAAGUAUUGUUCAGAUUGUGAUACUAAUUGCAAUUUUCUACUGAAAUUUUUGGACCUCUUAGGUUGUGGUUUUAAUUCAGUUAUGUACACUACAUGGUUUCUUAGAGAAUUCGCAGCAUGGUUGAGAAACUUCUAGAAGGCCUUAGGGGGUUGAACAAUUGAGGCUGAUCGAACAGGUUAUUCAUGUCUUUGUCUAUUUUUCUCAAGUCAGAUCUGUAAAAGCUGAGAUGGUACAUCCCAUAAGCACCUAGUUUGAGUUACACUGUCAGGAUAUGACUGCAACCACAGUCAAAUGGAUCCCAUGAGCUCUUGCUGCUGACUGAUUCUGUUCCUGGCACAUAUUAGAGAAAAUAAGCAUUAGAUCUUUCAUAUUCCUAGUCAGUUGAGGUAGGUUGGUGCAGGAACUUCAUUGGAAUAUGCUUGUGGGUAAACUGUAGUCAAUUGUGAAGUGGAAUAAAUUGAAGAUGCAACUGCUUUAGAUGCUUUAUAUUGAAUCAUUUAUAUGUCCUUUAUUGCUGACACCCUUUUUCAUUAUUAGACUCCCCUUUAAGAACUGAUAAAACUAGAAAUGAAUCCCAAAAAAUCAACAGAUCAAACAAUACCGAACCAGCAAAUUACAACAACGAUAAAGGCAAGUGCAAAGAACAGAUCCUAAACAUUUCCGACAGCUGCGUCAACAACCUCGAACCAGAAUCCCGAACCGGGUCCAGCUUCGAACAUCGACCGGUCAAUUUGUGAGCUCGAGCCUCCGCUUUUCUUACAGGAUUCGGGUUCUCAUCAGGCUCAAACAUCGGGUCCAGGAUCCGAUGUCUACCUUCAUAUAUCUAAAAUUGAGUUAGUUGGAAUUAUUAUUGGAGUUAGUAGGCAAUCUCGAUCAUAUUUCAUCUAAUUUUCACAAAAUAAAGCCUUUAUUAUCAUUAAUUAUUGGAACGGCCAAAAAUUGGGCCAGGCCGGACUGGGUUUAGGCGUAUAGGGCAAACGUAAUUCCAAAAUAGAGAAGGCGAAAUGCAGCGAGCUCGUCGAACGCCCUCACAGACUCCGCACGUCAUCGCACAUGGCCUGCGCCGCUAGGGUUUGGCUCCGCCUCGCCGUCGCUUUUCUCUUCCUCCUCGCCGCCUUCUACGUCGGCCGUCCCCUCUACUGGAAGCUCUCGGCCACCAUCCACGAGGUCCGGGAGAAGCGCAAGUCCGUCAAAGACGGGAUCUCGCAGUUCGUCCUCGAGGCCCAGAAGUCGGUGGGGUGGGUGCACGACGAGUCCGACUCGGGAGCAGGUGAUGAUCGGAAGGCUUCCACGGCCACCAGUCGACGGAUCCUCCGGUACCGAUCAGCUACUCCGUUGCUUCACGAUGUUAUCUAGGUAGAUUUGCUAGUUGUGACUGACCUUUUCCUUCACCAAGAUCGGUUCUUUCAGGUCAUCCCUCUUCGAUGGAUAUUUAAAGAAUAAAUCUGCAGCAUGUAAUUGUGUAAUAAUCUAUAUGGAUGCCCUCUUUCUACA